CAUAAGGAAAAUCCUUUGUGGACACAAGGGACAAGAUACUGAAAUGAACUUCUUGACUGCACAAUAUAAAUGGUAGCAUUUCAUCUAUGUGAGUAAACUGUUCAUGUGAAAAUUAAUGAUGUCCUUUGCCUCUUUCUGGGGGUCAGUGCAACCUCAUGGAACCAGGAAAUAUUACACGGAUAUCAAAAUUUCUUCUCCUGGGAUUUUCAGAGAGACCAGAACUGCAGCCCCUCCUGUUUGGGCUUUUCCUCUCCAUGUGCCUGAUCACUGUGUUUGGCAACCUGCUCAUCCUCCUGGCCGUCAGCUCUGACUCCCACCUCCACACGCCCAUGUACUUCUUCCUGGCCAACCUGUCCUUUGUAGACAUCUGCUUCACCUCCACCACCGUCCCAAAGAUGCUCUGGAACAUCCAGACCCAGACCAAAGUCAUAACCUAUGAGGACUGUAUCACACAAAUGAACUUUUUCAUAACCUUUGCAGGGAUGGACGACUUUCUCCUGAGUGUGAUGGCCUAUGACAGGUUCGUGGCCAUCUGUCACCCACUGCACUACACGGUCAUCAUGAACCCCCGGCUCUGUGGACUGCUGCUUCUCGUGUCCUGGAUCAUGAGUGUCCUGUAUUCCUUGGAACACACCUUAAUGGUGUUGGGGCUGUCCUUCUGUACAGAGGUAGAGAUCCCCCACUUUUUCUGUGAACUCAAUCAGAUGAUCCAACUUGCUUGUUCUGACACCUUUCUUAAUAACGUGGUGAUGUACCUUGCAGCUAUGCUGCUGGGUGGUGGUCUUCUUGUCUGGAUCCUUUACUCUUAUUCUAAGAUAGUUUCCUCCAUAUGUGGGAUCUCAUCAGCUCAGGGCAAGUAUAAAGCAUUUUCCACCUGUGCAUGUCACCUGUUGGUUGUCUCCUUAUUAUACUGUACGAUGCUUGGUGUAUACCUUAGCUCUGCUGCUACCCAGAACUCACGGUCAAGUGCCACAGCCUCGGUGAUGUACACGGUGGUCACGCCCAUGCUGAACCCCUUCAUCUACAGCCUGAGGAACAGAGACAUAAAGAGGGCUCUGAAAAGAAUCCUUGGGAUUCAGUGUUAUAAGAACCAAUCAUCCAAAGGCUGAAGACACGCCCAUGAUUGAAGGGCUCAAAUCCUCAGAGCCAGGAACUGCCAAUCUUUGACAGACUGUGGAAGUAGGAUCUACUCCUUCUAUUUCUUUCUUGGCAUUUCCAUUUGUUUGAUCAACUUUUCUCUACAUUUAAGGAACUCACAUUAUUAAGCUUCUGCUGUGACUGAAAUACAGACAGUUUCUCCGUUGU